AUGGUUGUACGUCACCACGCUCAGUCGACGCCGAGGUUCGCUACUAACCCUCUUCCUCUCGGAGCGCACAGAAAAUCAAAACCCUGCACCGUUCGUUGGAGGAGCAUCUCCCCAGUUCGUCGUCCUCGACCGCGCCCGUCUCGCGCAACCUCGACCCGUCCCUGCACCCCUUCUCCCGUUCCCGGGAAUAUACCCGCGCCGUCACCGCCUCCAAACUCGAACGCAUGUUCGCCAAACCGUUCGUCGGCGCACUGGAAGGCCACGGCGAUGGGUUGUAUUGUAUGACCAAGGACGAAGCCGGCGCUUUACCCCGGAUCGCUUCCGGCUCGGGAGACGGCGAAGUGAGGGUGUGGGAUCUGGCAACGAGGCAGUCGGUUUGGUACGCUACGGGCGCGCAUCGCGGUAUGGUCAAGGCUUUGGCGUUCAGUCAUCCUGCUGCGGGCGAGCAGGGCAGGAUCGAGAGGGCCCAGGGCGAGAAGAACAGAAAGAGAAAGAGGCCUAGGUUGGGCGACAAGACGGGCAAGACACCGAUCAGGCACGGAGCCGAUACCGAUGACGAAUCAGACGAUCAGGAAGAGGAUGAUGAGAUCGUCAGGUCCGUGUCGAGGGGCAGUCCGAGGUUGCUCUCGUGUGGUGUGGACAAGACCGUCAAGUUGUGGGAUGUCACCGCGCAAAAGGGGAACGAUGUCAAGGUGAGAGCAAACUCAUCAUUCUGCUACUCUCUCGUGUGGGAAGCUAACAAGACGAACCCAUCUCCUCACAGCCAUUACAAACCUACGUCGGCAAAUCAGGCUUCAACUCGAUCUCCCACCAUCGCUAUGACCCCGUAUUCGCCACCGCCUCGCACUCGAUCGACAUCUGGGACGAGACCAAGACUGCGCCCUUAUCGACGCUCAAGUUUCAUUCGACAUCGAACCUGUCGACGGGAGAACACAUUGUUUGCGUGGCAUUCAACAAGUCCGAGACGUCUGUUCUGGCGAGCAGCGGUUCGGAUCGAACCGUGUGUUUGUACGAUCUGAGGAGUGGGAAAGCCGUCGGAAGGGUAUCGAUGACGGUGAGCUGCAGCGUUUUUGAACUUUUGAGCUUAUCUUUGUUGGCAAAAUCCUUAUCUACGCAUCUCUUACUACAGAUGCGCGUCAACCAACUCGUGUUCAACCCUCUGCAACCGCCCGUGUUGCUGUGCGCUUCCGAGGACCACAACUUGUACACUUUUGACAUGCGCAACCUCUCGACCACGACACAGAUGUACAAAGGACAUGUCGGGGCGUGAGUAUAACAUUCUCACUGCUCCACCCCUUCAGGAAUCCAAACAACUAAACACAACCUUGUUCCUUUGACGCAGCGUCAUGUCAUGCGACUGGGCCCCCACCGGUCGUGAAUUCGUCUCGGGCUCCUACGACCGCACCGUGCGCCUCUGGACCGCCGGAGAAGGCAAAUCGCGCGACACGUACCAUACCAAACGCAUGCAACGCGUCUUUACCUCCCUCUACACCCUCGACAACCGAUUCGUCCUCUCCGGCUCGGACGACUCGAAUCUGCGCAUCUGGAAGGCCCGCGCAUCCGACAAACUUGGCGUGAUAGAUAAGCGUGAACAAGCUCGAAAGGAAUACAGGGAUGGAUUGAGGGACAAGUGGGGAAGUGUUGGGGAUGUGGCUAAGUUGGAAAGACAGAGGUUCAUGCCCAAGUCGAUUCAUAAUGCCGAGACGUUGAGGAGGACGAUGGUCGAAGCGAGGAAGAAGAAGGAAGAGAAUAGGAGAAAGCAUGCGCCCAGAGGGAUCGACAGGGAGAAACUCAAGCCCAAGCCGGCUAAGAAGGGCGUGAUUGAACAGGUCGAGUCGUAG